UGCAGCUUGGAAAAUAUAACAAAAACAUGCAAGAAUCAACAGAACAAACGUUCCAAGUUCAGCAAUUACUGGUCUAUCCCAAGUACAACAGAAGUGUAAGGUACGAUGCAGACAUUGCGCUGUUAAAGCUCAACGAAUCGGCCGACAUGACGGAUUUCGUGCAGCCAAUAUGUCUCGGGAAAUUACCGCCAGGGCGUAGAGGCAGAGAGCUGUGCUAUAUCACUGGAUGGGGAGACACCGAAAACGGCCCAUAUUAUAAUGGAAAUCUGAACCAAGCUCAACUCCCUGCAUUGAGCGACAAAAAGUGCUCGCGUAUCUACGGUGAGAGGGGUGUGAAAUUGACCAAGAACAUGUUCUGUGCUGGAGAGACUGGAGACCCGCCUGUGCCUGACGCCUGUUCCGCCGACAGCGGCGGUCCUCUUGCAUGUCGUUAUAAGAACAGGUGGAUAUUGUAUGGAGUAACCUCUCUUGGUCUAAAUGGUCCUGACCGUCUAUACAGUAUUCAGUCUCAGCUGCCGCCAGCUUUCGUAAUGCCACUGAAGGAAAUAAUUGCAGACGAGGAAAAUGUUCGAGAAGAGCAAGAGACAAGACAGCUUAGAUGCGGCAACGGCCCUGGAAUCUACACUGACGUGGCGAAAUUUAAGAAGUGGAUCGAGAGAACGAUAAGAACCAACUAAUUUAUAUCCUGUUGAAUUACACAGUAGCUAACGUCUAUUCAAAGCAUUACACG